CUUCUAAGACGAUUUUUAAAUGAUUAAGCAAUAUAGCCUUGUUACCUUAAAGUCAGGGGUGGGGAAAUUAUUCUUGUUGUUAGACACACCCCUGCAUUGUUUGGUUCUGAGGGAGAAUGAUAGGUAUCUGUACGUGAGGUUGUUGGAAGGGAUCCGCACAAUAUCUACGCAGGCUUAGAAACACCAUAGUGUGGGCUUGUUUACAUCUUGGGUUUGGGCUGUAGAACUGCUGUCAUUAGCAGCUUAACAGGUCAACGGAGGUGUCAAAAAUUUGGAAAAAUUGUUACCUGAGGAAGGGAAACUUUAUAUACGUCAGUCAUGUCCUCAAGGCCAAUUGACAGUCCCCCACCAUAUCAUCCUGGAAGUGACUACAAACCUUCAAGUUAUGCACCAAGCAGACAGAUGUACAAUGGAGAUGGCAGAAACGUUUAUAAAGGCAGCAGGGAUGGUCUGCACAAUGGAGACAUGCUCUCACAUCGAACAUACUCUUACUUCCCUCCUGAUGAAGUACAUUGUGAAACCCAGCAUUUCUACAAAUGGUCGUCUCCCCCUGGAGUCAUAAAAAUAUUAUUGAUUCUUAGCAUUGUAAUGUGUGUGGGCAUCUUUGCCUGUGUUGCUUCAACAUUACCAUGGGAUUUGAAUGAUUAUAAUGGAUUAGCAAUGGGUAUAGGAGGAUAUGGAUCGAUGUAUGGAAGUGGAGUGAGUGGCUUUGGAGGUAAUAUUGCUGGUGGUUACGGUUCAUCAAGUUAUGGCUAUGGUUAUGGUGGACUUGGUGGAAACUACACUGACCCACGUGCUGCUAAAGGAUUCAUACUUGCAAUGGUGGCCCUUUGCUUUAUUUUUUGUUUGGUACUGUUUGUAAUCACAGUCUCCAGAUCUCAGUCUCGCUCUUUCCAAACAAGGAAAUUUUAUCUGAUUGUGAUAAUCGUCUGUGCCAUUCUUGCUUUCUUGUUACUUGUUGCUACUAUUGUUUACAUUGUUGCAGUCAACCCCACGGCUCAAGCUGCUGGGACAACAUUCUACAAUCAAUUGCUUGCCAUCUGUGGCCAGUUUAAUUCUCCAGCAGCUGCAGGAAUGCUUACAAACCUUUACCUCUACCACUACUGUGUGGUAGACCCACAAGAGGUACGUGUCAUUUUCCAUUGUUGCCAUUAAGUAUGUACGUGUCAUUUUCCAUUUACCAUUAAAUAUGUAGUAAGUAUUGAGUAUUUGUAGCUUAUAGUUUUGUUUUGCAUGUGGCAUUAAUGUGUUUCAUUAAUAUCCAAGUUGAAAGAGGUUAAUGGGUAUUCUGGGUCUAAAUUUGUUUUUAAGUUUAUCUAGUAAACUGUUUGAACCAAAGCUCUGUGUAUAAUGCUGUAGGCAGGAUAAUGAGAAGAUGGCAGAACAAAAUAUUUCAAUGUAAUUAUUCGAUGAGAAGUAACAAGAAAAUGGGUCCUGCUAGUGCUGCACUCCUCCUGUGGUAGUGUUGCUGAGAAGUAACAAGAAAAUGGGACCCGUUAGUGCUGCACUCCUCCUGUGGUAGUGUUGCUGAGAAGUAACAAGAAAAUGGGACCCGUUAGUGCUGCACUCCUCCUGUGGUAGUGUUGCUGAGAAGUAACAAGAAAAUGGGACCCGUUAGUGCUGCACUCCUCCUGUGGUAGUGUUGCUGAGAAGUAACAA